AUGGCCUCGCAAACCCAGGGAAUUCAACAACUUUUGGCCGCUGAGAAGCGUGCUGCCGAGAAGAUCAACGAGGCUAGAAAGAGAAAGUUGCAAAGAACGAAACAAGCCAAGCAAGAGGCUCAAGCCGAGGUUGAGAAGUAUAAGCAGCAACGCGAGCAAGAGUUCAAGGGAUUCGAGCAACAAUAUCUCGGUACCAAGGAAGAUAUUGAGAGCAAGAUCCGUCGUGAUACUGAAGAUCAAAUCAAUGGAAUGAAGCAAAGUGUUGCUUCUAACAAGCAAGCUGUUAUUGUUCGUCUUCUCCAACUUGUUUGCGACAUUAAGCCAGAGCUCCAUCACAACUUGACUCUUCAGAAGAAACUCCACGGACAGUUUGCCGCCUAA